GCACGUAACGCGAUGAUGGCUCGUGCUGCAGGCGUUCUUGCAAGCUGGCGUAUCCUGGUGUCGUCAUCGCGCGCUUAUAUAUAUGACUUUGUGCGCCCAGAUUUUUAGACGCCAACCUUCAAUGCUUCCAGGAAGGGAAGCGGCGCAGACACUUUCCUUGUGUACUCCUCUCUCUGCGUUUUCAUUGAAAUUUUGUUACUUGCGUAUUUAUGCAAGUCAGCAUGGCACAUAGCUGAAGCGCGGCGCAUCGCAGGAAGCGCGUGUCGCGUCCUCCUCUCCGCCGCGAGCGCGGCUCGCCAAGGACGCCUGCUCCGUAUCGACUGCGAAUGAGUGUACGAUAAACGGCUCUCCCGAACAGCGCCAGGUCCCGCUUGAGCGGCGUUAUUGGCAGUCCGACUUCGCUCACGGCGGUUCCCGCCGCUAGUGGCCAUUGCCAGCCUUGCGGCGCGGCGAGCGGGGAACAACGAUUUUUCACUGGAAUGGACAACUCUCAGAGUGACGAGGAGUGCAGAGCCUUUGGGGCUCUUCUCUCAGAGUGGAUGUUUCUCGCAAAAGUGCCUCUGCUGGCGACGAGUCAUUUGUUCGAGCGGCACGCAAUGUGCUCCUCUACAGCGUCCAUGGAAGGCAAGACUGUUGUCGUAACUGGAGCCACAUCGGGCAUCGGCUUGGAGACGGCCAUAGAGCUUGCGCGGCGCAAGGCACGCGUCAUCCUUGCCUGCCGAGACGUGGAAAAGGCCAACGCUGUCGCCCAGCUUAUCCACGAUGAAACGAAGCAGAUUGCCGUGGUCAAGAGGCUCGUGCUGGACUCUUUCGAGUCAGUGCGGGAGUUCUGCGACCAAGUGAACAGAAGCGAAGACAGGCUGGACGUGCUCAUCAACAACGCCGGCCUGAUCAACUGUUCGACAGAAUUCACCUACACGAAAGAUGGCUUCGAGACCUGCUUCCAAGCGAAUCAUUUAUCUCCGGUGCUGCUGACUUUAUUGUUAUUGGCUGCGGAAGAGCGCGCCGAGCCGUAUCGUGAACGUGUCGUCGGACUCGCACAGCAUCGGCGACGUGUCGCGGCUCGAGGCGAAGGCGCGCGGCCGGUGCACGCUGCGCACGCCGUUCGCGGUGUACGCCAACAGCAAGCUGGCGCUGAGCCUCUACACCGUGGCGCUGGCCGACAAGAUCAGGGACACCGGCGUCACUGUAAACUCCCUCCAUCCAGGCCUGGUGCAGACUCCCAUAGCGAGUCAUGGAUCACUUUUGCGCAAGCUGAUUUUUCAAGUCGUCGCGCACACGAAAGGAAAGACGGCCGUGGAAGGCGCACAGACGACCGUGCAGCUGGCGGUGGACCCGGCGCUGGAGAAGACCACGGGCGAGUACUUCGAGGAGUGCGCGCCCGCCAGCGAGCGCUACCGCAGCCCGCUGCUCGGGGACCGCGCGCUGGCCGAGCGCGUGUUCCGCACGUCCGCCCAACUGGUCGGGCUCGGAGCGGACGAGCUCUGCUGCACGCGCAACCCUUGACUGUCGUUUCAUUUGAGAGGGUUGCUUGCAUUUUCACCAUCCUUUGGAUUGAAACAAAUUGUAUCGGAUCCUACUAGAGAGUCCACCAUACCAGAUUUUAUUUUCCUGAAUGCACCGCUCUUUACAAGUGGCUUUGAAUGUGGGAUUACUGACAGUAUUUCCGAUCACAAAGCUCUUAUUGGUACUAUUAAUCUUUCAGUUUCAAGGCGCCACUAUGAAUAUACCAGUUUUUACGAUUAUAAUCACGCAGAUGAUACGUCAAGCUAUAAUACGUUAAGCUUGACACAUUAAGCAUUUCAUUCGACAGAUUCUCCAUGUUAUGCACUACCAGUGAUAUCCAUACUAUAGUAUCCCAUCUUGAAAACAUUCUUCAUACUUGCAUAGAGCGCUAUGUGCCAUUAAAAACAAACAAGAAAAAUGUUGACCUUCCUUGGAUGACAAGGGAAAUACUGUAUUUGAAGCGUCGAAUAGCUAGAGCACGUCGGAAGCGCCACAUGAAUGCCGAAACAAAUGACCAGUUUCGCUUUAUGAAGGAAGAACUCAGUCAAAAAAUGAUGCAGCUAAGAACUUCUAUUAUCAGUUCACUCUACAUAAUUUAAUUAAAAAACACCCACGGAUAUUUUGGAGCUUGAUUUCGCCUAUGAAAAAUACCACCCAGACAUUUCUAUUAGAUGGUUCCGAAAUAAGUGAUCCUGGAGCUAUUGCUGAAGCAUUCAAUGAAUAUUUUCAGUCAAUAUUCACACAUGACAGUGACGUAAUUCCUCCCUGCCCCACGACAACUAACAUGUCCUGUGCAAUUAACAAUGUUACAAUAUCUAAGCAAGGAGUCCUCAACCUUAUUUUAAAUCUUGACACCAAAAAAGGCUGUAGUCCAGACAAUGUCAACAAUGUGUUCUUUCAUUGUUAUGCGCUUUGGACGUGUCAAUACCUCACAUUAAUUUUUGAGAAAUCAGUGUCUACUUGUGCAGUUCUUUGUUCAUGGAAACGGGCUAGAGUAAUUUAUUGUUCAAAUCUGGGCAGAAACAAUCUUUUCUAAAUUAUAGACCCAUUUCUUUAACUUCUCAUGCAUCCAAACUCCUUGAACACAUAAUUUAUGAGCACAUUAUCACUUAAAAAAUAAAGUUAUGGGGUUUUACGUGCCAAAACCACUCGAUGAUUAUGAGGUACGCCGUAGUGGAGAACUCCGGAAAUUUUGACCACCUGGGGUUCUUUAACGUGCACCUAAAUCUAAGUACACGAGUGUUUUCGCAUCUAGCCCCCAUUGAAAUGCGGCCACUGUGGCCGGGAUUCGAUCCCGUGACCUCGUGCUCAGCAGCCCAACACCAUAGCGACUGAGCAACCACGGCGGGUCAUUAUCACUUUUCUUGAGUCUAAUAACAUUUUGUGCAGCGUUCAGCAUGGAAUUCGUAGUGGUUUUAGCCAGUGGCGUAGCAACA